GCAAUGCAACAGAAGAGUAAAAGACUAAUUUUGGGAACACAUGGACUUUUCCAAGUUGUCCCCAUGUUCCUCGCUAUGUAUCUUUGUUCCUUGCUGAAAAAAAAAUUAUUGAAUGCAGUAGCACAACUAGCACACAACCUGUUUAAAUGACCGCAUGUCACUUUGUGGAAAUGUCUUCACAGAAUUAAUCAGCUCUGAUUGUGUUAAAGUGUAACAGAAGUAGUGACAUAACUUUUCCUAUGCAUUUUGACUUACAUCUGAUUGAAGCAGAUUAUUCAAAAGAAUAAAAUAAAACACAUGAAUGUAUGAAUCGUUCACAUUAAGAUCAAUGUAUUUAGAUAAUUUAGAUUUUAUUUAAUGAUGACUUUGGUUUUAAAACAGUAUAAAAAAGAUUACCAUUUUGUUUUUUUCCUUUAGACAAAAAAAUGAAUUACCAUUUACAUGGUAAUUAAACAUUUCCAUGGCUGUACAAAGCUAAUCUAUAUUUAUUAAGGCAAGCACCAUUCAGUUUAUGAUUAGUUGUUUGUUGCUAAACAACUCGCUGUAGAAUUCUAGCUAUGUUUUUUUUUUGGUAUCGGAAAUUGGCGCGAUCACAGAAUUAUUGAACAGUAAAGAUAUCUAUAUUUGAAUCUGCCGCAUGCCAUUGAUGCCACUGAAUUACUCACGCUGUGCUACUCACACACAGACACACACACACACACGCAUAUCUCAUACUUCCUUCCUCUCAGUUACUUAGUCAUUUUCACUGACAGUCCUCUCUAUUUCUUUAUGCUGCUUGUUGGUUCCGUAAUUGUAUACAACUUCAGAGGAGUGUAUGUGAACUGUACGACUUUUGAAUCUGACACCCUUAAAGUGCCUUCAUUAGCAGAGGAGACUUUUUGCGACUGACAAAACAAUAACAGGGAGAGUGGCUUCUGAACCGGUGGAGGACACUGACCCCAGCAGCUUCAUUACAGAUAUGUCUCUGAGGUCACAUUACCCCAUUCAGGACACUGAUCCACAAGCUAUCAGAGAUCCUGUAACCCUACAGCUCAGCUCUGGUCCCCCUGGAUAUUUGUCAUCAGCGGUGGACAGGAUACGACAACCUGUGGAAAAUGACAGUAGUGAAUUUAUUCCAUCAUCUUCAGUUUCAUCAGACUUCGGUAAAGAACAUAAGGCUUGUAAGGAGUGUUUAUGUUCUGCUCCUCCACCCAAAAUCAGUGACCUGAUGAACGACGAAGACCUUCUGUAUACUCUAAGACUGAAGCUCGAUGCGACUCACUGCACUGUCAAAAACUGGAAGAACUUUGCAAGCCGCUGGGGAAUGAGCUACGAUGAGCUCACGCUUCUAGAGCAGCGCACACACGGUCCCACCUACCACAGUCCCACUCAAGAGUUCCUCCUGCGCUACAACCAGAAACCUGUCACGGAGCUCACCGCACUCUGCCAGCUUUACCAGCGCAUCGAUGUGCUUCGAUUGCUCCAGAGAUGGAUGGAGAACGACUGGCCCUCACGCUGGCAGCAGGCCCAUUAGCUGGUACUUCACAAUAACUGGACCUCAAAGGAGAACCAUGUUGGUAGAAACUGAAAUUCAUGACUGCAGGGAUGGACAGCAGGUCAGAACACACAUUACUGAACGGGUGGUACAAAGACGGUGUUUACGAGGUUGUACACUGGACGUAGUUUAUUUUUUGGUAACCUUUGGUUGGUUUUAUCACUCCAUAUGUCACUGUCUGGUUAGCUGCAUUAGCUAUGUGGUAAAAUCAACAAAUAUAUGCAGUAGCACCCCAGCACUAGAAAAUGGAAAGACCGCUCAGGUGUGAUUACUCAUUUAGAUUCUGUCUGGAAAUUCUCUGUGAUUCCGGUCAUACAGCAUUUAAUUUAUUUUAAUACAAACAGUCAUCUGCUUGCAGUGUGCCAGAGUUGGUGGUCUUAUGAAGUGUCCUUUAAUUAGUAACAUAUACUAUAAUGAGUCAUUGUUUUCGAUAUAUAAAUGAGUUUUAAGACAACUUUUCAUCUUUAUUCUUGCCUCCAUUCUAGUAACAGGGUCGUUCUAGAAUUAAUCACACAAAAACUGCAUCUCCUUUCAGUGUAUAAAUACUGAAUCUCCUUCAUUGUUUUACAUUAAUUUGAGCUUGUAAAACAUUGUGAUAUAUAUCAAAAUUCCCAUUGCACUGCUCACUGAGCACUUGAAUUUAGUAUCAUGUUUGGUAUGAAUGGCACUUAUUUUUUAUUAUUAUUUUGAGACUUUAAGAAAGACUUAGCAUGUCUCUGAGAAAGGAGUGGUAACAUAGCAGUAUAACUGCAGAGAACUGUGGAUCUGGAUGUUGACUGGACUUUAUUGAAAAUAUUAGUUUAAAAAAUGCAGGGUGUUUCGAAAUGUAUGGUCAAAUGUAAAUUACAAUGCAGAUAGUAGAAUGUGACAACAUUACCUCUGCUAAACAAGACUUUAAAAAGUGUUUGGUUUUGUGCCAUGUACUCUACCUAGCUUUUUAUUUCCUGUGUCUAAAAAUUAAAGCCUGUUUAUGUGCAUCAGGGGUUCUGUUUAAAAAUAAAAGUUUUGUAUGCACAGUAUCUGAAUAUUUGUUAUAACUACCAUUAUAGUGUAAAUACAAAGUAUUUUUCAUCUGCAAUACAUUAUGAACUACUGGUGUCGCAGUGGUGAAUAAUGGUCUGACAUCAUCAAAACUGGCCUGAAGUGUUAAAAUGAAUUUUCCAUGCAAUGAUCAUAUCAUAAACUUUAUUGAAGUCUUUUGA